GGAGAAAGACACGAGCGACGCAUACAUAUAGAUAUAUAGGCAUCAACAGCAGCAGCAGCAGCAGCAGUAACAGCAGAGAGAAGAAGAAGAGGAAGAUUCUGCACUGCUGCUACGCGAGCUGCGACCGGAGUGCAACUCAGCAGCAGUCGGCUAACAGCGGAGUGUCAGUCGGUGGCGCAUGCGCAACUCCGGCAAAACGACUCCGACCAACUCUCCGCCGUCACUCCGUUUUCUACCCGGAACGCCGCGCGAUGUUCAAGGUCGUACAAAGCCCCAGCGCGCCGAAGCACAUACACACAUACAUUCGUACACUUGCAGCAGCAGCGGCGGCGGCGGCACGUCGAUGUGUGGUACGCUUUAUGCGCUGGUAUAGGUCGUCGUGGGGCUCGUACAACGUAUAGAUAUAUAGCUAUAUAUGCAUGUAGCAGCUCGCUCACGUAUCUAUGGAUUUUACGCCCUCCUGGCUUGCCAGACUCGUGCCUCGACGCUUUGAUGAAGGGGGAGCGCAAGCUCGAGCAGUCGAAGGCGAUAUCAAGGAGCAGCUAAAAAUCUUUAUUGACUUUCUGGAAACAACCAUAAAGCCAGUCGUGACCGAGCCCCACCGACGAAUUGAGCAAAUUAUAAUAGAUGUGCAGGAAAGUGCAAAGGAGGAUUUGAAAAAAAUCCGCGUCAAGCGUGCAGCAGAAUUAUUAGAUUGGAUGGAUAAAGAUGAACUUAAAAAACUAGCAGAUGCAGCCAUCGAAAUGUCUACUGAUAAUACGUUCGAUUGCGGAUCCAUAAUCUCGGGCCCAAUAUUAAAGUAUGGCUGGAUAAUCGAUACGAUGCUAGAACAGUGCGUACAAAGCAAUUUAACAAAGUUUCUGCAGCCUUUGAACAAGACCCUCGUGGCGCUCGACGAGACCUUCGUCGUCUUCGACAAUCAGGUCGAGGUGGCUAAAAAAUGCGUCGACGAUGCUACCCUCUCAACAUCGUUCUCCGCAACCGAGUGCUUAAUGAAGGCAGUAAUUACCGUCGACACUGCUUCGUUGGAGGCUUCGAAACAAGUCGAUUUCAUUAAGUUGAAUGAGCAAUAUUAUCAAUUCAUGAAAGAAUUAGACCAAUGCGAACAACCAGAAGCUUACGAAAAAGUAAAAACCCAGAUACAUAAAGCGCAAAAUGGGAUGAGAAAUUGCUUUAUCAGAAUUACCGAAGGAAAAGCAGUGAGAUUAACGGAUCGUGAUUUUUGGCAUUCUAUUGACACAAAUCCAGAGGAGAUAGGAUACGAGCGGUACCCUAAGUGGCCCUGAACAUUUUGGAUAUGCAAUAAUUCUACUAUUUUAAUAUGUAAAUUUAAUGUGUAAUACAUGUGCUGUAUAUCAAUUAAACAUUGAAAAUGAAAUGCGCUAUUCACUGAAGAAUUUAAUAACACUGAUAAAAAUAUAAUUAUGAUUGUUUUUCAUAAAUUUUUUCCAACACGGUCAGUCACUGAUACGUCUACCAUACUUCUCACCGAUUGAAUUGAAAAAAAAAUGUA